AUGAAUCUGAUAGUGCCGCGAAAGGUGCAAUGCACCCACCGAGUCCCCAGCAACCUGUGGGUCCCACCCGUUCCGAUCCGGAUACCUUCUUUUCCUGGACACCUCCUCCCAACACCCAUCCGCCCUGUGGCUGUCUACGUCAUCGCACUCACAAUGAGGAUCACCCUGAGCAUCAACAACCCGGAGGCCGAGGACCAGGACCUGCUGUCCUUGGACAUCUUCCCCGACAUGACCCUCGAGACUCUGCGAAGCUCCAUCCACGCCGAGACCCGCAUCGAGCCCAACGCCCAGCACCUCUACCACAAUGGACAGCUCAUAAGCGACAACUCCAAAACUAUGGAGCAGCUCCAGAUCGCUGACGGCGAGAUGCUGGCGCUCCACGUCCGGGACAUGCGAGGAAGUACGGGCGUGCCUGCGACCAGGGAGCAGCAGCCGCGCAGAGCGCCAACCGAGCAGGACCCCGAGCUCAUCCGACUUCAGCUGCUGGGUAGCCCCCCUGAGUAUCGCGAGGAGCUUCGUAGGACGCAGCCCCAGCUUGCUCAGGCCCUGGACGACCCAGCGCGGUUUGCGUCGGCCUUCAGAGAUGUGUACGACCGGGAGCGGCGGGAGCGCGCGGACCGGCAGCGCCAGAUCGCGGCGCUGAACGCGGAUCCUUUCGACAUCGAGGCCCAGGAGAAGAUUGCUGAGAUCAUCAGGCAGGAGCAGGUCAUGGAGAAUCUACAGAAUGCAAUGGAACACAACCCAGAAGUUUUUGGCCGGGUGCAUAUGCUCUAUGUCGACAUCGAGGUCAACGGACAUAAGGUCAAGGCCCUGGUAGACUCGGGCGCGCAGGCAACCAUCAUGUCACCACAAUGCGCCGAGGCCUGCAACAUCAUGCGGUUGGUGGACAAGCGGUUUGCCGGCAUUGCUAAGGGUGUGGGUACUGCCACGAUUGUUGGAAGGGUGCACUCGGCCCAGAUCAAGAUUGGGUCUCUGUUCCUGCCCUGCAGCUUCACCGUCAUGGAGGGGAAGAACGUCGAGCUUCUACUGGGCCUCGACAUGCUCAAACGGCACCAGGCAAGCAUCGACCUUGCCAAGGACAAACUCAUCAUCCAGGGUGUCGAGAUACCCUUCCUGGGCGAGGCUGAGAUCCCCAAAGACUUCGAGGAAGCUUUGGAGGAGGAGCCAACAGUAAAGGGGCCCGGUGGCACGACAAUUGGAGGGCGAUCUGGCGCCAUCUCCCAGCCUGGGCCGUCUUCCGGCGGCCCUGGGCCAUCUUCGUCAGCUCCGGCGGCGGCGGCCACCACUUCAGCAGCACCAGCUCCUGCUCCCGCUGCGUCAGGGCAGUCGCGAUUCUCAGAUGAGUCGAUCGAGCGGUUGGUGCAGUUGGGUUUCCCACGUGACGCUGCGAUACGUGCUCUAGAGGCGACUGGUGGCAAUCUCGACUUCGCCGCAAGCCUUCUCUUCCAACAGUAA